AUGGCGAUGGCGAUGGCGACCUCCAGCCCGCCAUGCGAGCCGGAUGCCUUUGAUCUUGGUAUCUACACGCCUAAGAACUUAGCUCGAGCUGCCCGCGCAGCCCUCCUACGAGACAGCUCCCCAGUGGAGAUCACUGACAUUGACGUCUCACCACAGCUCGACGAAUUCCUUACCUUGCCCAGUUCGGGCUUACGUGAACGUCAGUCGCCCAUAGACAUCACCGAAGCAGCCGGCCAGCUCGGCAACGAGCAGACCGCUGCCCACAAUGCCAAAAUUAGAGUCUUCCGCACCUUCUGCACACACUUCAAUAGGGUAGCUGAGGAAUUUCCAUCCGGACUGGAACGCGACUUCGCCCAGCAUUUCUCAGUAAGCUUUCUCGAAUUUUGGAAACAGGCACUCGGCAGCACCCCGUCGGCCUCUACACCGACCUACAGCAGCGUGGCUGCCACGGCCACUGCCGCCGCCAUCGCCACCGUCUCUCCCAUUCGACCAUCCACCACCUCUUCUGUUUACCCACAGCAGCUUCCUACAGCUACGUAUCGCCAAGGGCAACGAGCACCCGCCCCACCCCGAGAAGACCUCUGA